UGUCAAAACAAAUUAAAGUCAACAAACUGACGUGUACUUUAUUUUAGAUACAAAUGAAAAUAUCUAAUUAGAUAAUUUUCUAAGCGUUCAUAAUGUCGGAGUCAGAAAGACUUGUGCAAAACGGAGUAGGCCCUGCUGCAGGUGCUGAACGCGGAGGAGAAGGCGAUGCGCCACCGGUUGUGUCUGAACGAGAAGCGUAUUUUCAAGCUCUUCGACUAUGGAUUCAGCAAGCUCAGAUGUAUCAGAAUCUAUCUACGUGUUUUCCUUACUAUAUGAUGACAUUCCAAGGGUUGCAGAACAAUGCUACAAAUGUCCCGCUGUUGAAUAACAACUAUCAGUUUCAAGUGCCUUUCCAGGUGCCCAACCCUCCUCGGAACGCUCCCGAAACUCAACCUCAGGUUGAAACUCUUACGCCCGCUGAAGUGAUAGCUCGUCACGGUGGCUACGAGUAUGUGAUCCCACCGCUCCACAAGCGGCUUGUUGCCGAGUUCAUUGAUUUCAUGCUCCUGUUUAUUGUCAAACUCAUUGUGACAUUCAUGGCGGUGGAUAUGUUUGAAUUGAUUGAUCUGGAGAAGUUUGAUUUCUACAAGUUCAGUGAACAUUAUGAUGACUACAAGUAUGCGAUGGAGCUCACCUCAGAGAUUCUGUUUCUUGAAGUUAUCUACAGAAUACUUGUAUGCAUUUUUGAGGCUUUCUGCUUAUCCAGCAGCGUCGGACGAACCGGUGGCGCUACGCCCGGCAAAGCAUUACUUGGUAUCCGCAUAGUAACAGCUUCAGCUGUCAUACCAGUCGAGGGCAGACCUCGGGAAACUGUCCUGCUGUACCCUGGCCGAACUCUCUCCUUCACCGUGGCUCUAGUAAGAUCUCUGAUGAAGAAUUUCCUCAUAUCCUUACUGUUCCCUCUAUGCGUUGUUCUCUUUGUCUUUCGUCAUAACCGCACGGGCUACGAUCUCCUUUGCGGUGUUAUUGUUGUAGAGGAAAACAUGUUCCCCCCGAGACGACACGCUCCUUGAGUUGCGUGUUCCACUUGUAUUCAGAAUGUAUGUGAUUAUUAUAACGACCGUGUCGUACUAGAUACGCGGUGACUACGGCUGCUCCCUAAUUUGUUGGUGGGAUUUUUCAAAUUUGAAACAAGAACCUCUUGUGAAAACGUUAUACUUUUAUCCCACCAGCUAACUAUGGAGCACAUCUAGCGUCUUGGAUAACACUUCAAAAUGUAUAACUCCUUGAUAAAUAAUUUGUCAAUGUAAUUUUAAAGCUUUGCCCUGGACAGUACCUGACGCAUAUACACAUUUUCAUUUGUUAGCCACAUAAAGGUGGUACUGGUGAUUUGGCGCGUACAAACGCAGUAACGUAACAUGGGCAUACCUUUCGAUCAAGAAUAUCCCAAGUAUGAGGAUACUGUACUCGACGAUAUAGUUCUUUAAAGCUUUUCAAACGACGCAGAAAGUAUUUUUCAUAUGUAAUCUUUCAUUACAUAGUAUAUUAGAGAUAGCGCAAGAAUUAUAAGGUACUGUCCAGAGAUCUAGAAUAUUCUGCUUUCUGAUUGGAGUGUUAGUGGACCCUUCCUUUUUUCCGAAUUGAAUUAAUUAUUGAUGUGUUUUUGUGUCUUAUUUUUUUAUAUAAAACUAAGGCAACUCAUGGAAAUACAUACAUGUUUGCCACUGUCGCUCUAAAAUCUGAGCCCUGCUAUUUUAAGUACACAAAAAAAUUGUACUGGGUGUGCAAGAAAGAUAACAAAUACCAAUUUUAUAACUCUUCAAAUUCUUCGUAUACACCAUGCAUUCAGUUUUAGGCCAUUACUAUUAUAGAAUGAUUGCAUCAGGGUUACGGGCAACGUAGAAAAAAGUGAGGUAAAAAGUUUUUUUUUGUAGGUAUUUGGUUAACAAAGAUUUAUUUUAUUUACUUGUUUGGUUAUAAAUUUAUUCCUAUUACGUUAAGAGAUUUUGUGUGUAAGUUAUUCAUAUUAUUAGUUUAUCUCGGUGCAUUAUUUUUGUAUGAGAAAUUCCAGUAAGAAUAAUAAUUAGUGGGUGUACUUUCUUAAAAUAUGUACCUUGAUGUGUUAUACAGUUAUACAUAGAAUAAUCAAAUGUAUUUUUGUGAUUUUUAAAUUAAAAUAAAGUGUUAUAUAGUUUUGCAUCUAGGAUUGUAGGCUUAAAUUCUGAUUACCCAUCUCUGGUUAGUAUGGUAAAAUGGUACAGUAAAAUGUAUUAUUAGCCAUUAUAUCGCUAUUCGCCAAACUUUAUGGCGGCUCGGAAAAUCGUGCGAGUCGCUGGCAAGGACUAGCAUACUCGCCCAAAGUAUUUUUUUUGCUGUUAUAAUAAGUGUAGGUACAUUCGCACAUUGUACUGUACACAUUUAUUUCUUUUAUUAACUAUACUCAGUAAUAAAUGUGUAAUAUGAAAGAAGUUAGUUAUUUGCAUAUAAAUGGUUGUGUGUGAUCGUAUCUCAUAUACCUACUAAUUCGUGUAUUUUACACUAAAUAAGUACCAUAAACCAAUCAAAAAUCCUAAGUUACGAAAUUGUGAUAUUUAUUUUUGUGUAAUAAAUUGUAAAUAUUGAAAUAAAAUGUAAAAAUCA